AUGGAGAAGGCCGCUGUUCAUGACAGAAGCGGGCGCGGCGGGGAACAUGAGUGUUUGAAGAAGAAGGUUCAGCCCAAGCUCUCUCUGUCUCUGACAUCCAGUAUCGCCCGCGGCAACCUGGCCACGCCCCCACGCCACACCAGUGGCAACCUCACCCCCCCGGUCACCCCCCCCAUAACGCCCUCAUCCUCAUUCAGGAGCAGCACACCCACAGGUAGUGAGUAUGACGAGGAGGAGGCGGACUUUGAGGAGUCGGACAGUGACGAGUCGUGGACGACGGAGAGCGCCAUCAGCUCGGAGUCCAUCCUCAGCUCCAUGUGCAUGAAUGGAGGCGACGAGAAGCCCUUCGCCUGCCCCGUCCCUGGCUGCAAGAAGAGAUACAAGAAUGUGAAUGGGAUAAAGUACCACGCUAAGAAUGGCCACCGUACUCAGAUCCGCGUGCGUAAGCCCUUCAAGUGUCGGUGUGGGAAGAGCUAUAAGACGUCUCAGGGCCUGCGUCACCACACCAUCAACUUCCACCCGCCCGUCUCCGCCGACAUCAUACGCAAGAUGCAGCAGUAGGCCAUCGCCAUCGCCCGCCGUCGCCGUGCCAACCAGCCAACCACCCCCCCCCCCAACCAACCAUUCCACCUCCACCCCC